AUGAUAACUCCCCGUUCAGAGCCCAUCGCUAUUGUGGGAAGCGGCUGUCGCUUCCCAGGAGGCGCCAAUUGCCCCUCUGCGCUGUGGAACUUGGUGGACAAGCCUCAGGACGUGUGUCAAGAAAUCCCGGCAGAUCGCUUCAACACGACUGGUUUCUAUCAUCCGGACGGCAGCCACCAUGGCACAACCAACGUGCACAACGCGUAUCUCUUGCAGGAAGACUUGAAGCUGUUUGACACGGCCUUUUUCAAUAUCAGCCCAAACGAGGCGGAUUCUAUCGACCCACAGCAGCGCCUCCUCUUGGAAACCGUGUACGAAGCCCUAGAGGCCGGUGGACACACUUUGGAGAGCUUGCGUGGCUCCGACACAGCAGUGUACGUGGGAACGAUGGGAGUUGACUAUAACGACACCCUGCUCCGGGACAUCAACACCAUACCGACCUACUUCGCUACCGGCACUAACCGCGCCAUCAUUUCGAACCGCGUUUCCUACUUCUUCGACUGGCACGGGCCCAGUAUGACUAUUGAUACGGCCUGUUCUUCCAGCUUGGUCGCGGUGCAUCAAGGUGUUCGGGCCUUGAGAUCAGGUGAAUCCCGCGUGGCAGUGGCGUGUGGUACUCAGGUAAUUUUGGGACCUGAGGUAUUCAUUUUCGAGAGCAAGAUGAAAAUGCUAUCACCCACCGGCCGAUCCCGAAUGUGGGAUGCUGAUGCGGACGGCUAUGCUCGCGGAGAAGGUGUGGCAACGGUCAUCUUGAAGCGCCUCAGCGAUGCCAUUGCAGACGGAGACCACAUUGAAUGUUUGAUCCGCGAGACGGGCAUCAACCAGGAUGGCUACUCCAACGGUAUCACGGUGCCGAGCACUGAGGCGCAGGCAGCGCUCAUCCGCCAAACGUAUGCGCGAGCAGGCCUGGAUCCGACAAAUCCUCUGCAUCGUCCGCAGUUCUUCGAGGCUCAUGGAACGGGUACCAAAGCAGGCGAUCCAAAGGAGGCCGCCGCAAUUCAUCAGUGCUUUGGUCAGCGAGGCCAGGACGAAGUUCCACUCUACGUUGGAUCCGUGAAGACGGUCAUCGGCCAUACAGAGGGCGCGGCUGGUCUAGCGGGCCUCUUGAAAGCCUCUGGGAUAAUUCAAAGGGGAACAAUCCCUCCAAAUCUACUAUUCAACCAACUGAAUCCAUCCAUCACGCCAUUUUACCAGGGCUUGAAGGUCCCCACGACUCAGCUCCCUUGGCCUCUGCUACCAGAAGGGGUUCCGCGACGCGUCAGUGUCAAUAGUUUUGGCUUUGGUGGCAGCAACGCCCAUGCUAUCCUCGAGGAGUAUCGGCCAGCAGUACUUGGAACCACGCUUGCGUCUUCAGUGCGACGUGUUCCAUUGACCCCAUACACAUUCUCUGCCAUUUCUGACUCGUCACUUGUUGAGCAACUCCAAGCCUAUUCCGAAUUCUUGAAGAAAACUCCCGAGACCAGUCCACUCGAUCUCGCAUACACACUGCAAUCACGACGAAGCCAGCUACCUAUCAAGGCUGCUUUCUCCGCGACUACCAUAGAGAAACUGUCGUUGAAGAUCGACGAGAAGCUCGCUCUAUUGAAGCAAACCCCCGGUAAUGCCGUGGGAAUUCGCUCCAACAACAAGCAGUCGACUCCCCAUGUCUUAGGCAUAUUCACCGGUCAAGGCGCACAGUGGGCGGCAAUGGGCUCGCAAUUGAUUCUUUCCUCCGAGUAUGUACGCACGCGUCUUCGUGAGCUGUCGGAAUCUCUCAACACUCUUCCCUCCACUGAUCGCCCGCAGUGGGAUCUCCAGGAAGAGAUCCUCGCUGGGGCCAAGACUUCACGACUUGCUGAGGCCGCACUGUCUCAGCCCUUGUGUACCGCCAUUCAGAUUGUGCUUGUUGAUCUGCUGAAAACUGCUGGAAUCGUAUUCAAUGCGGUAGUGGGCCACUCAUCUGGGGAGAUUGCUGCAGCAUAUGCGGCGGGCUUUCUCUCAGCUCAUGAUGCCAUUCGCAUUGCGUACUAUCGGGGCACCUAUGCUCACCUGGCCGGUAACUCCGCCACCGGGCAUAAAGGGUCUAUGAUGGCAGUUGGAACGUCACUGGAAGACGCGCAAGAGCUGACUAAACUCCGGGCCUUCAGAGAUCGACUGGCUAUCGCAGCUCAUAAUUCGUCCGCCAGUGUAACUUUGUCCGGCGAUGCUGAUGCUGUACUCCAUGCGAAGAAUGUCUUUGACGAGGAGAAGAAGUUUGCGCGGCUUUUGAAGGUCGACACCGCCUAUCACUCUUCUCAUAUGUUGCUGUGUGGUGAGCCGUAUGUCCGCUCAUUGGAAUCAUGCAGCAUCCGCGUGAUAAAAGACAGAAGCACGGCCUGUUCCUGGUUCUCGAGCGUUAACCCCAGUGAGCACGCUAUGGAGUGUGAAGACAACCUCCAAAGCACCUAUUGGCGGGACAACAUGACGAAUCCUGUUCUUUUCUACGAUGCGGUGAAAAAUGCCAUCACCAGUGAUCCGCAGCUCGCCCUCGCUAUUGAAGUUGGACCCCACCCUGCCCUCAAGGGCCCGGCUGUGCAGAAUAUGUCAGAUCACUCAAGCCCACUCCUCUACACGGGUGUGCUGAGCCGUGGAAAAGACGACGUUGAGGCAUUUUCUGAUGCGCUCGGGUUUGUGUGGGCGAAUCUUGGUGGAUCUAGCGUCGACUUCCGAUCGUUUGAAACAGUUGUGUCUGGACGUGAUUCCCAGCCGAACUUGGUGGUUGGCCUGCCAUCCUACCGUUGGAACCAUGCGCGACAGCACUGGCUUGAAUCCCGUCGAUCAAAGAAGAUGCGCGGACGGAAGCAAGCAUUCCACGAAAUCGUCGGCCUUCUGUCCCCCGACUCGACACCGCGAGACAUGCGUUGGACGAACGUGCUCAAACCAUCAGAAAUUCCAUGGCUUGAUGGACAUCAGCUGCAAGGUCAAACAGUCUUUCCUGCUGCUGGGUACGUUGCUAUGGCGUUUGAAUCCACCCGCACGCUUGCUGGAAAUAUACCUGUUCGCUUCCUUGAGCUCAAUAAUCUGAACAUUCCACGCGCCAUCACCUUCGAGGACGAAAAUGCCGGGGUAGAGACACUUGUGACCCUGACGGCUAUUUCAUCGAGCAAGGAAACCAUCACGGCUGAUUUCUCCUGCUACUCGUCUCCAGCGCUAGCUGUGGACCAAGAGAUGGAGCUGAUGGCGAGUGGCUCCGUGAGAAUUGUCUUCGGUACUUCUGACGUCGCCACUCUUUGUUCCGCCCCUCUUGACGAGCACAACAUGUCUUCAAUUGAAGCCGAUAACUUCUACUCCUCGCUUGCAAAGUUUGGAUAUGGAUAUUACGGCCCCUUCCGCGGCAUGUCAUCAUUGAAACGGAAACUGAAUGCAUCUUCGGUUAUGAUAGACACGUACGCGCAGACUGAUGCUGAUACCUCUGUGUAUGCCGUUCAUCCUAGUAUGCUGGACGUGGCUUUCCAAGCAUCAAUUCUUGCCUACUCAGCCCCCGAUGACGAGCGUCUCUGGUCGCUGCAUGUCCCGACAUCCAUCCAGAGAAUCCGAGUGAACCCGGAGCUUUGCCUCUCCUUGUCAACUUCUGGAUCUCGUGUACCCGCUCGUGCAACCUUAGACCACUCUGACUCCUUCAGCGCGAGCAUAGAGAUCUAUGCCGAGGACGGUGAGCACUCCAUGAUUCAGGUUGAGGACCUGACCAUCAAGCCAUUUGCUCCGGCAACUGAAGCAGACGAUCGUCGUCUGUUUUCGCGUAUACACUUUGACGUCGCCUCCCCAGACGGAGCCUCUGUCGUCGCUGGAGCCCGUCCAUCGACAGAAGAGAUUGACUUGGCCACAAUAUGCGAGAGAGUCUCGUACUACUAUGUCAGAAAGUGGAGAUCGGAGAUCAGCGAGACAGACUGGGCAAACGGCCAGGACCAUCAUUCCAGUCUCCGGGAAUAUGUGAACCAUACGUUUGAUACGGCUUCAGGUGGAAAACACCCAUGUAUCAAGAAGGAGUGGACGAACGACACCAAAGAGGAAAUCGAGAAAUUGAUCAGCAGCGUGGCUGGCGAGAGAAAAAUGAUUAUAACUCGAGCAAUAUCUAGGUUCUCGGACAAUGUCGACUUGAAGCUGAUCUCGGCGGUGGGUGAGAACAUUCCCGCCGCCGUACGAGGCGAGACGACCAUCUUGGAACAUAUGCUCCCGGACAACAUGCUCGACGACUUCUAUAAGAAGGGUCUUGGUUUCCAGAGAUAUAAUACUUUCUUGGCCGGCAUGAUGAAGCAGAUGAUACAUCGAUAUCCCCACGCUAGGAUCCUCGAAAUAGGUGCCGGAACUGGUGGAGCUACAAAAGCCGUUUUGGAAAGCAUUGGCACCUCUUUCUCCUCGUAUACAUAUACAGACGUGUCAGUGGGUUUCUUCCAACAGGCCUCGGAGCUGUUCAAGGAGUACAGCAAUCAGAUGGCAUUCAAGGUUUUGGAUAUUGAGAAGCCGCCUUCCGGCCAAGGCUACGAGCCUCACUCAUAUGACAUUGUCAUCGCCUCCAAUGUUCUACAUGCAACCGCAUCGCUCCAGAGAACACUUGAGCACACGAGGCAGCUUCUCAAGCCAGGUGGAUAUCUUUUACUGCUCGAAUUGACCAACAAUGGACCAACCCGCUUCAGUAACAUUAUGGGCGGCCUUCCUGGUUGGUGGCUGGGAGUUGACGACGGCCGCAAAUACGCACCUACCAUCACCCCGGGACGCUGGCAUACUGCUCUUCGCAAAGCUGGCUUCGGUGGAAUUGAUGCCAUCACCCCUGAGAUUGACCAACUGUCCUGGCCGUUGUCUAUCAUGGCGUCACAGGCCGUGAAUGAUCAAGUGAACUUCCUCCGGCGUCCCCUAGUGAAGACUUUGUCCUCCACCACAAUUAACAUGGAGAGCCUUGUUAUCAUGGGCACCGGAAGCCUUGAAAGUGCUCAGAUCGCCGAGGAGUUGGAAGACCUUCUUGAUGGAUUCUUCCGUCAUAUCACCAUUCUUGACGGCUUACCCACCGAGGACGAUGCUCUUUUGGUGCCUCCCAUGAGCGUAUUUAUCAACCUUGUGGACAUUGCUUCCCCAAUUUUCCGAGGGAUGACGGCCGAGAAAAUGGAAAGUUUGAAGCGAGUGUACGACUUGGCGAAGCAGAUUCUCUGGAUCACCGUGGGUGCCCAGGGAGACGAGCCAUACCACAUGGCAAGUAUAAGCUUCAGCCGCGCCAUGAGUCACGAGGCCGGACACAUUUUCUUGAAUCAUCUCGAUAUGUCGGGUCUCAACCAAGACACCUCCAGGAUCAUCGCUGAAUAUCUCUUGCGGCAAACUGCCCUUGACGAAUGGCAGUCGUCGUCUAGUCAAAAAGACAAGUUGCUUUGGUCAAAGGAGCCAGAGGCAUUCUACAAUCAUGGCCACCUCAUGGUUCCCCGACUGAUCAGCAACGUUGAUCAGAAUGCUCGAAUCAAUUCUGCCAGACGAGUUAUCACCAAGACUAUACCUACAUCAGCCUCAAAAAUUGCCAUUCUACCGUCCUCCGAUUCUUUCUCGCUUGUGGAACAGAUCAUCCCUACGCCAAUCGAAGCCCAUGAAAGACUUGUGGGGAUCGAGCGCUCAAGUUUGAUGGCGCUUCGUGUCGCAGCGGACACCUUCCUGUUCAUUGGGUUCGGGAAGGACAGGACCACACAGGAGAGCCUGUUGGUGCUUUCGUGUUCCAAUUCCAACGAGGUGGUUCCCCAUGCCCGUGUCCCGGUUGAGCCUACUCAAUCAUCUGAACAGCUUCUUGUUGCUGUUGCCAGCGAGUGUGUAUCUGCAUCCCUUAUGGAAAAUGUACCCUCAGGUAGUAGCAUGGUGAUUCAUGGUACCAGCAGCGAUCGCUUCUUCAUCGACGCGCUUUCGCGGCGAGCAGUGACAAAAAGAAUCUGCUUGACUGUCACUACUGACAAUGAGAGUUUCAAUCGCACACAAGGGCUGAAUUGGAUGAGGCUGAGUGCACGCAUGCCCAAACAGACAAUCCGACAGCUGUUGCAGUCAGCCAGGGCCACGCACUAUCUCGAUUUGACGACAACUGUUUCUGAGCUUAGCCAGAUCAUUUCUGCUGUCCUGCCUUCACAACACAAGAGAAUUGAGCUUGCUGAACUCUUCCGUGAAGAAUCGCUAUUGUCAGGCGAAACGACGAAACUGACCAGUCGGCUGAAGGACGCUCUUGGAAGCCUGUCAGACACGUCAGACGUUGAUGUUCAGGACUUGGUCGUUCCACUCCAUCAUGUGAGGGAUCAACCACGGCCUAGCUAUACGACGGCAGUGGUCGACUGGAGCGCAAGUGAAAAUGUUACUGUAGAUGUGCGACCUCUCGAUGCGCAGCGCCUUUUCUCUCAAGACAAGACAUACUUGCUCAUUGGGCUUUCAGGCCAAAUUGGCCAGUCACUUUGUGACUGGAUGGUCUCCAACGGAGCCGGCUGCGUAUGCCUAACGAGUCGCAAUCCUGAUGUUGACAAGGACUGGCUGAAGACUUUUGAGGCAAAGGAUGCCACCGUGAGAAUAUACUCGAUGGAUAUUACAGAUAAGGCCGCCUUGGAACGAGUUGUGAGCGAUGUCAGAGCCACUUGUCCGCCCAUUGCCGGUGUUGCCAACGGAGCGAUGGUGCUAAAAGACAUCUUGUUCUCGAAGAUGUCUGUGGAAACGAUGCAGGCUGUCCUGGGGCCAAAGAUUGACGGAACACGCAAUCUUGAUGAAAUAUUUUACAACGAACCUCUGGACUUCUUCAUCCUGUUUUCGUCAUCAGCCUGUGUGAUCGGCAACUCCGGCCAAUCAAACUAUGCCGCAGCCAACGGGUUCUUGAAUGGUCUAGCUAAACAGCGACGCAAACGUGGUCUGGCUGCCUCGGCAAUGGAUAUCGGGCGUGUCGCCGGCAUUGGCUAUGUCGAGACGGCUGGCAAGGCUGUCAUGCAACAGUUGACCCGGUUCGGCCUCAUGGCCAUUAACGAGCUUGAGCUGCACCACAUGUUUGCUGAAACUGUCCUGGCUGGGUACCCUAGGAACGAGGACAAAGCUGGCAUUACCAAUGCUGUAGUGACUACUGGCAUCCGAACUAUCCGCGAUGAUGAGGAUAUCUUGGGUCCAUGGUUUGACAAUCCCCUUUUCUCACACUGCAUAAUUGAGUCCCGGGACACUCAAACAGCCACGGAUACUCAGGAUAAAAAAGCUUCGAUUCCCGUAGCUGCACAGUUGAGAAUGGCAUCCACAAUGGAGGAAGCUCUUGAAAUCGUGAAAAGCUGCUUUGCUGACAAGCUGCGCGUUAUCCUGCAACUUUCUGAUCAAUCCAUCCAUCACGAUGUCCCCCUUGUUGAACUUGGUCUCGACUCGUUGGUCGCAGUGGAAGUGCGAUCCUGGUUCCUGAAGGAGCUCAAGGUCGACAUACCGGUGUUGAAGGUUGUUGGUGGAGCAUCCUUGGCAGAGAUAUGUGAACAAGCUCUCAUGAAGUUGCCCGAAGACAUCAUUUCGGGUGUUGGUGGAGCCAAGGAGACGCCACGAUCACCUUCUCCUCCGUCAUCGGGCUCAACUGAACCUCGAGUGGCGCGUUCCAGCAGUCCAUCCUCUUCCGACUCCACUCCUCCCAGCGUGACUCCCAGUAACGAUGGUGCCCUCACACCGUCUUCCUCGACUCAGCUGUCAUCAGCGUCCACUUCGUUCGAGGACCUCGGAGAAUUGACAAAGCAAAAGGAAAUUGUCAGACCCUCGAGCCGAUUUCUCAAGAGGGAACUAAUUUCGCUCGGACAAUCACGUUUCUGGUUCCUCCGGCUUCUACUCGACGACCAGACGACAUCUAACGUUGCUUUCUACUAUCGCAUCACCGGCAAUCUGCGUAUUGGCGAUCUGGAGCGAGCAGUCCGUACUGUCACUACUCGCCACGAAGCGCUGCGCACCUGCUUUGUUGAAGACGAGACCCAGGGUGAACGGGCUUACCAGAAUGUCAUGAGCAGCUCUCCCUUGCGACUUGAGCGGAAAGAAAUUCGUUCGGUCGACGAUGUGGCCCUCGAAUACUCCAAGCUGAAGGGAUACUCCUUUGACCUUGAAAGUGGUGAUUUGAUUCGACUUUUGCUACUUUCGCUGUCGCCCACAUCGCAUUAUUUGCUAGUCAAUUAUCAUCAUAUUCUGAUGGAUGGUGUUAGUUUCCAGGUCUUCCUCUCGGAUCUAGAGAAGGCCUACAAUGGAGAUCCACUGGGAGCACCUCCGCGGCAAUUCCCUGCCUUCUCGGCCGCCCAGCGGAAUGCUCUUGAGACCGGAGGCAUGGCACAGGAGUUACAAUACUGGCGAGGGGUGUUCCCAGUUGGCGAGCAGCCACCCGUUCUGCCGCUCUUGCCUAUGGCCAAGUCUCCUUCCCGAUUGCCGAUGAAGAAUUUCGACGUCCAUCAAGUACAAUAUCGACUUGACCCAGCACUGAGGGCACGUAUCAAGUCGAUGGCGAAAGGUCAACGAUCUACGCCAUUCCACUUUUACUUGGCCGCGUUCAAAGCAAUGCUAUUCAGAUUCACCGACGUGGAAGACUUGACAAUCGGAAUUGCCGAUGCUAACCGCACCACAGACGAUGUAAUGAAGAGCAUUGGUUUCUUCUUGAAUCUGCUGGUCCUACGAUUCCGCCGGCACUCCGAUCAAAGCUUUAGCGAUGCCGUAUCCGAGGCUCGCAUUACCAGCUAUGCAGCGCUCGCAAAUUCCCGACUUCCCUUUGACGUGUUGCUGAGCGAUUUCGGUGUGGCUCGCUCUUCGUCCUAUAGUCCCUUCUUCCAGGCAUUCUUUGACUAUCGCCAAGGUGCGCAGGAAAGGCAUCCUUGGGGCAAUACGCAGUUCGAGUUCCAGGAACUUCACCCCGGACGCACUUCCUACGACAUCACACUGGAUGUCACGGACAAUGAGUCAGAUGCUCUGAUCAUGCUGCGGGUUCAAAAAAGUCUUUACGAUAUCACCUCGGCAAAUCUUCUCUUGGAGACUUACGUGCACCUUUUGGAUACCGUCUCCAUCGAUAUGACGCUACGUCUUCAGGAUACGCCGCUCUUUGGCACAAAACAGCUUACCCAGGCAAUCAAAAUAGGCAGAGGUCGUUCUCUGAUUUCUGACUGGCCAUCGACACUUCCGCAUCGUAUUGAUGAAGUGGCCCAGGAGAACCCAGAUAAGAUAGCGCUGGUCGAUGGGAUCAAUCAAGACUUGACGUACUCCGACAUGAUAUAUCGGAUUGAGGCUAUUUCCCAGGCUCUUCAAAACGUCGACAUAGGCCCUGGCUCGCGUGUCUUGGUGUUCCAGACCGCGGCUUCUGAUUGGGUGUGCUCCAUGCUGGCCAUCAUGCGCAUCGGAGCCAUUUAUGUCCCCCUGGACCUCCGCAAUCCUGUUGCCCGGUUGGCAGUGGUUGCAAAUGACUGUCAACCAGGCGCCAUUCUCGCGGACCAUACCACACGUGGAGACGUGGCCAAUUUGAGCGUGCCGUCUGCCUUCACAAUCGACGUGUCUAGCCUCCCGAGAAAGCCUUCGUCUCAUAUUCCCAACCGUGCGCAGGGGGCCUCUCCCGCGGCAAUUUUAUAUACGAGUGGCUCGACAGGAACCCCGAAGGGGAUCAUCGUCACGCAUUCCGGUCUCCGCAAUGAGAUAGAAGGCUACACGAAGGAAUGGGAACUCGGGCCAGAACGAACAUUGCAACAAAGUGCUUUCACCUUUAACCACUCUUCUGACCAGAUCUACACUGGCCUGGUGAACGGUGGUACCGUUUACAUUGUACCGUGGAGCAAGCGCGGCGACCCUAUCGAAAUCACGAAAAUUAUCAAGGACAACGCAAUCACCUACACCAAAGCGACUCCGUCUGAGUACUCACUGUGGAUGCAGUUCGGGGCGGACAAUAUUUCUCAAGCUACACAAUGGCGUCGCGCCUUUGGUGGCGGAGAGCCUUUGACCAGCGUCGUCACGCAGCAAUUCGCCGACCUUGGGCUCCCGCUUCUUCGGGUUUACAACUCAUACGGACCAACCGAGAUCUCCAUUUCAUCGACCAAGAUGGAGCUCGACUACCGGAACCAGAAGAAAAUGGACGACGGUCGCAUUCCUUGUGGUUACUCGUUGCCAAACUAUCACGUAUAUGUUGUUGACGAGAAGCUGAAGCCACUACCAGCAGGUAUGCCUGGAGAGAUAUGCAUUGGCGGGGCUGGCGUUGCGAUUGGAUAUCUCAACAAGGAACUUACCGAUCAGCAUUUCAUCGCCAACCCGUUCACAACCCCUGAGGAUGUCAGCCAUGGAUGGACACGAAUGUACCGCACUGGGGAUAUCGGACAUCUCCAGGAUGAUGGUGCUAUGGUCUUUCACAGUCGCAUGGCAGGCGACACGCAGAUCAAGAUCCGGGGGAUUCGAAUCGAGCUGAGUGACAUCGAGACCAAUAUCAUUUCCGCCUCUGGGGGCGUUUUGCAAGAUGCUGUCGUCACCCUUCGCGAGGGAGAUCCUGACUUCCUUGUCGCCCAUGUUGUGCUCAGGCGGGAGCAUCUAAUCUCAGACCAAGAAUCCUUCCUCCAGCAGCUGCUGAGCCGGCUCCCACUUCCACCAUACAUGAUUCCAGUCCUCGCGAUCCCACUAGAGUCUCUUCCUUUGACCAACCACUCCAAGGUGGAUCGCAAAGCGCUGGGGUCCCUUCCGCUACCUCAACGAAUUCAAAGUUCUCAGACAAACGGGGAACUGACGAGUACCAUGAGGCAGUUGGAGCAAAUCUGGCGGGAGAUUCUUGGAAACUCCGGACUCGAUCUCGACAUCCACCCAUCCACCAACUUCUUCCAUGUGGGCGGUAACUCCCUUCUGGUAAUCCGUCUUCAGCAACACAUACGUCAGGUGUUCAAUGUCGUGAUCCGCCUUGCCGAGCUACUGGACGCUAGCACGCUGGGUGACAUGGCGCGCAAGGUCGAAGAAGGUAUUGACCUCGACCUUAUCAACUGGGAAGAGGAGACGGCACCCCCUUCUAUUCCUGAUUUCAUCAAAGAUGUGACUGGAGGUCGUGCCAAUCAGCAGCAGCCCCUGACAAUUUUGCUCACCGGUGCAACGAGCUACAUUGCCAAAUAUCUUAUUCCGCAACUCGCUGCCAGACCAGAUGUUCAAAGAAUUCAUUGCGUCGCUGUGAGAGAGAAGGAAUCGGAAGGACGUCGUGAAAUUUAUCAGUCUUCCAAAUUGGUGAUUCAUGAGGGUGACUUGACGGUACCACAACUUGGUCUGUCUGAGCAGGAGUUCCGCUCGCUAUCCAGCACUGUGGAUGCCAUAGUGCACCUUGGCGCCGUUCGAUCGUUCUGGGACAACUAUCAUGCCCUCAAAGCGUGCAAUGUCCUUCCUACCCGGGAGUUGGUCAAGCUUGCUACCCCGCGCAGUAUUCCUAUCCACUACAUCUCGACGGUAGGAGUGCUAUCCCGAAAAGCUGAAGCCGCUGAGAUUUCUGCUGCGUCGUGUGUUCCCGCGACUGAUGGAUCUAACGGUUAUGUGGCGUCGCGCUGGGCCAGUGAGCGAAUCUUGGAACGUGCAUCGCAAAGCCUACGCAUCCCGGCUUCUAUCUAUCGCUUCCUUCCUUCCAUCCAACAAACAUCACCACAGGAUGUGCUGGACGAAUUUGCGCGCUUUGUUGAUGUGUCUGGAGUCAUGCCUAGCAUGGAUGGAUGGGAAGGACGGAUUGAUAUGGUUCCUGCCGAGCAGAUUGCCAAUUGGCUAUCUCAAUCAGUUGUUGCGGAUGACUGCGCAGGCUUCACUCGAUUCUCGCAUUAUGAAAGCCAUGUCGCGGUUGAUGUGGGCGUUCUGAGAGAUUACCUUGAAACGAAGAAAGGUAGUCUGGGACUGAAAAGGAUGCCUGGUCUUCGAUGGAUUGGACUCAUCAAGGCGCUCGGUUUUGGUUAUUUCUUGACGUCGCAAGACGUCACUGUUGGCGACCAUCAGGAUGGCCAAACAUACGAAUCACGGCGGUAG